AUGAAUCAUUCUCCACCUUUCAGAGCGUCUACUCAAGCUAUUCCACAGCUACCCAGUGAAGAAGAAGCCUUUCGACUCCUCGAGACCGUCGGAUUUUAUAUUGGACAGACGCAGUGUCAUUAUGACCUUCGAGGCCUAACUGAUCGCAUUGGGUGGCUGUACGAGAACAUGGAUGAUCCUCAGAUUCAUGAACUAUGGUAUAUGCAGGUUCUUCUUGUUCUAGCCAUUGGACAAAUCUUCCGGGCUGGUAAUGGUGAGGAGGGAGAAGAUUUACCAGGAACUGCGUUCUUUGAAUUUGCAGAGACGCAUCUACCUACAGCAAGCGCCCAGUAUAGGCUUGGGAGGCUGGCAGUUGAGGUCAAUGCCCUCAUGGCCAUGUACCUUCAGAUGGCCCACCGCAAGGAGGAGGCCUAUCUUUAUAUAAACACUGCUCUCCGACUGGCCAUUUUACACGGGUAUCAUCAGAAGGAUUCUGAACGGAACCUUCUUAGGUCAGAAAAGGCACAGAUCAACCGACUUUGGUGGACUAUAUACAUGCAAGAGAGACGCCUAGCCGCAGCAAAUGGAAAGCCAUCAGGGAUCAUUGACAGCGCCAUAAGCAUACCCCUACCUUCUGAAGCCCCGGGAUUUCCAACUGGCGCUGCCAUUCGCACAAACAUUAAGAUUGCUCAGGUGACUGGGCAGGUGAUAACAAUCUUGUAUGGCACCAAGUUCAAGAAGGAGCAAGAUUUUGUCUCCCACGCUCAGCAGAUUAUCAAGAGCUUGGCCGAUAUUGCAAAAGAGAUCCCAUCAGAACAAUCCCUGAGUCUUUGCGGGAACUCGGAACUCGCACUCAGGACGUCUGCAUCUUUGCAUCUCAUGCUCUAUCAGGCCACGCUGUUAACUAUUCGCCCUCUCAUGCUUCACGCCGCACAACUCAUCUUGAGCGGCCAACCCUGCGACGAGCUCGAGGGUGGCUCACUCGACACGCUUUCCAAGACCUGCUCAGAGGCUGCGAGGCGACUUCUCGAGGUUGUAAUUGCUCUAAAGAGAAAGGGAAUACUUCCAAUAUUCGGCUUCUUUGACUGCGACGCCGUCUUCUCAGCAGCUUUCAUCAUGCUUCUCACCAUGAUCUUUGAUUCAGCUUGUGAGCCAAGCCAGAGACUCAAUCCUACACCAGGCCUCAAAGAUGCAAUGGAUAUGUUGCAUUACAUGGCUGAACAUGGCAAUACCUUUGCAAGGCAGAGGUUCCAAGAAGUCCAGAGCGUGCGAGAUCAUCUUUCAGCUACUCUGAACUCUCGCGAGGCCAACACACCCACAUCGACUAAUCAGACAACUGCUAUAUCGAAUCCAGAGCACCAAGGAUCUGACACAAGCGUCGUUCACAGUGCCCACCCUCCACAUGAAUAUCCUCAUUGGUAUCCUCCCGUAUGGGACAUGUCAGAUCAAUGGCUUCACCCUGUCGAUUUAAAUGGCGAGCUUGAGGAUUUGCCUCUGGGAGACUCAUUUGAUCAAUAUCAGUCACUGCUUAAUGAUCCAGACUGGAGUUUGACAGGGCAAGACGUGGGAGAUUUUGCAGAACUACGAAGAUAUAUACAAAGAUUAAAUUCAUAG